CCUUUUAUUUAUUUUUUUAUUUUUUUAUUUUUUUUUUUUGAGAAUUGGGUUUUGUGCUAUUCUGGCUAUAGGCCAAAGCUCAUGAAUUGAUAAUUGUGCUCAGGCACUAAAUACUGAACAAGGAAGCAGUUUGAUGGACUUUGAGCUCUUAGUAAACUCAAUGCAAAAAUACUUCCUUAAAAGCCACCAUAAAAUCAAUGCCUAAAGCUGUUAGAGUUUCGCCAUCAGAGUUUCUUCAAAAAUGAAGAUAGCAAACGGCGUUAUCGGUUCCUGAAAGUCCUUCCUUCUUUUUUUGCUUCCCACCUGUUUGGUCUGACGUCUGCAAUGGGAUUAAGGUUACUGAAUCAUAGGAAGAAGCCAGCAAGAUGCAGGAACCUGAAUUAUUAAGUUUGAAGACAAUGUCCAAAGGAACACACGAGACAGUUGCUACUAAAGAUAAGGAUCAAGACUGGGAUCUCACUCCAGAGUGUUCCAUUUGCUUCACUUCAUAUGAUAACGCCUUUAAGACACCCAAAGUUCUACAGUGCAAUCACACAUUCUGUCUGGAGUGUCUAUCACGCUUCAUCGCUGUUUCGCCAGAACAGAAAGGCACCCAGAUCAUCUGCCCCCUUUGCAGACAACCAACUACUGUCCCUGAAAAUGGUCCACCAGCUCUGACCACAAGCCAAGAGGUUCUAGGGCAACUGCCCAGCCACCAACAGCAAGAGGAAUAUGUAUGGAUAGAUGGAGAGAAGCUCUGCUGCUCAAAUGCACAGACACCCAAUGGUGUCUGCAUCGACAUUGGGGGCAGCAAGCAACAGGAUGAGAACAGACAGGAGGAAGCAGAAAAUAAUAGGAACAGACUGCGGAAUUGCUUUGGUGUGUUAAGAAGGUGGCAGCGACUGCUGAUCUUCCUAAUUGUUUUGGUCAUUAUGAUCAUCAUAGUCAUCUGGCCCAUCCAAUGCAUCUUCACACGGGGUUUGAAUUCAGGAUGCUUUACAAAAAGGGAUGAAAAUUUGACUACAUUUCCUACAGAUUUAACCAGCGACCGAAGGAAAAUGUUUCCAGGAUAGCAUUCAUCUGGUGAAUCUGCAGUGAGUUUUGGACUUGAAAUGAAAAUCUGCUCAGGACUAAAUAAAGACAGUGCCAUAGUGAUGCAAUGAUUCCAAUGAACUCCUCCACAAUGAUAGAGAUUUCAACAUCUUGGGCAUUGUGUACUCUGCCAUACAGCUUUAGCGGAACUUUUCCGGAGUUCUGUAAUCUAUAUUUUCUUAAAAAAACAAAAAAUGUAAAAUUCAUACUGCUGCUAAAAUCAAACGAGCCAAACAUCAAACAUUUUUUUAUUAUUGGUAGAAAGUAAGAGCUUUUGCUGCAACCUUGAAUUAAAUUUGAUUUCUGGUGGUGUAAUGAAAAAAACUCAAUGGUUAUUUGAUAAUUAAUAAUAAUUAAUUGACAAAUUAAUUUUAGUUUGCUGUUGAAAAAUAUUAUAGUCAGAUUUUGUACAACUUAAUAAUACUAAAAUAAUAAUAUAGGUACAGUGAGUUAAUGUUGUUGUUUUUUUUUUUGCAUGGGAUUAAAGGUCAUAUGAGCAUAA